AUGAGUCUGGAAUUUCUGAUUACCGCCCUGAUCGUCGUCCUGGUCCCAGGGACCGGGGUCGUCUACACGGUCGCUGUCGGGCUCGGCAAGGGACGGCAGGCGGCUCUUGCCGCCACCGUCGGCUGUACGAUCGGCAUCGUUCCGGCGAUCCUGGCGUCCGUCGUCGGACUGGCAGCUCUCAUGCACACCAGCGCCCUGAUCUUUCAGGUGGUGAAAUAUGCCGGUGUCGCCUACCUGCUUUAUCUGGCCUGGAAGACACUGAAUGACAGCGGUCCUGUUGACCUGAAGGCGGACAGGGGAGUGCGCAAGAGCUUCGUCGCGACGGCACGAACCGCCUUCCUGAUCAAUAUUCUCAAUCCGAAACUGACCGUCUUCUUUAUGGCGUUUUUGCCGCAAUUCGUCAGUCCCUCUGCAGUGAACCCGACAAGGGACAUGCUGAUGCUCGGUGGCGUCUUCAUGGCCAUGACCUUUGUCGUCUUUCUCGGAUAUGGGCUGUUUGCAUCGCUGGUCGGAGAAAAGGUCCUGAAGAGCGAACGGGUCAUGGUCUGGAUGCGGCGGACGAUCGCAGCUGCCUUCGCCGGAUUCGGCCUCAGGCUGGCAGUCGCGGAGCAGUGA